GCAACACUGAACUACAGGUGAUUUUUGAAAUAAACACCUCUUCCUUUUACUGAAGCUGGAUUGGUUUGUGGAAUGCUCCGCUGGAUGGAUCGAAACCGAACUCCAAAUGGUAUUAUUAUGUCUACAGUUAUGUAAUCGUUGGAUGUAUCGCAAGUUUUGUGGCAACUACAACGAUGGAUUUGACAAAUCCUGAAACAUACUCUAGAAUUCUGGCCAUUUGUGAAGACCUGAGUAUAUUGAUUGGAGUUUACAUGGUUGCAACGAAAAUAUUGUAUUUCUACUUCAAUCAACAAAAGAUCGGAGGCAUGUUGAAGAUUCUCGAAGAUCGCUUUUUGGCAUUGGGUGAGAGUCGUGAUCAGCGAAUCUGCAGAAUGCAACGAUUCUGCUAUUUUCAAGAGACGAUUUUGUUCUUAAUGAAUUAUUUCAACGGUGUGAUGUUGGCUAUGUCAUUUCCUAUUCAGCCAUUGUUUGCAGCAAAAACAAUGAUGCCACAUCGUGCAAGGUUUCCAUUUGACACCAGCGAUACUGGCUCAUUAAAAUUCAUUGGUGCUUACAUAUUUCAAUCCAUCAUCUUUUUGUAUCUCAUACAAGGCAUAACUUUUGUGGACAAUAUCGGUGUUUGUACGCUGAACGAGAGUAUGUUGCAUGUGAAAGUCGUAGCACAUAAAUUCUCGCAGUUGCGCCUUAAUUCCGACGAUGACAAGAAAGGUGCACACAAAGCCAACAGCACCGCCGUAGAAUAUCGACAGUUAAUAGCUUGUGUCAAAGAACAUCAAGAUAUUUACGAAUUGACCAGCCAGCUGAAUGCAUUGCAUAGGCCAAUGUUUGUUGUGCAAAUCAUGGCGAGCACGUUAAUCAUUUGUCUGACUGCGUUUAUAGCAACAGUUACAAAGGAUAUGACCGUGUUUGUUAAGUAUCUGACCGAAAUGAUAGCCGCAUUUGCGCAACUCCUUUAUUGGUGCUGGGUUGGAAACAAAAUGUUCGCAGAGUCACCCGAUGUAGCGCAGGCUGUUUACGGCUGUGAAUGGUAUCAAAUGGACAUGAAGUUUAAGAUAGCCACAAUGCAUAUAAUACGCAGAGCACAGAAACCAAUUCGAUAUCAGGCCGGAGCUUUAUUUCAAAUCAAUUUUAACACAUUCAUUGCAAUUCUUCGCGGCUCGUAUUCCUAUUGUAUGCUCUUGAAAAGCUUCGAAAUUGAAGAAUAAGAGGUCUAGCCAUGAAGCUGGUUGAAUUGCUUCGACCAAAGAAGAUUUGAACAUCGAUUAUUCAUUUAGUAGAAACAACA